GUGACGCGAUUUGGUCUGAAGUAAAGCAUUUUGAUCCAAUCUUUGUGAUCCCAAAUGUCUGGCUCGUCAGUGGAUGCACUGGAUGGGUACCACGAUGGUGCCCGGCCGACUUCGCAGUCCCAUUUCGCCAAAUUUGAGGAUUUCACGCCCAACGACGCGGCAUCAUUUGACCACGAGUUCGCCCGUCUCGCUUCAUCCCAACAGUGGCGCACCAUCGCGAUAAAAGAGGAACUCGAACUCCACUACUUCUCGCAACCGCAGCUCGACAACAUCGACGAGGAAGAGGAGCUAAGCGAAGAAGAGAUAAGACUCCGAGGUUACCAAGCACUAUGCCAGGAGGUCGGCAUUAACCCGAGCGACUCGGUCGCCGAGUGCAAGAGAUGUUUAAAGAAUACGCUGGUUAACAUUGUCGACCUCAUCGAUGCGCGGCGGACAGGCAAGCGAGUCAAGGUGUGGGACAGCUUCGAGGAAUUCCGCGCCUAUACCCUGUUAGAUGAACAUAGGAUCGACAUCCGCGAGGCAAAGAGACCUCCGGGAUAUCUUGCCUCGUUGUUGCAGCGUCUAUCCGGGGGUCCAUCGCGGAAAACACGCAAUUCCUCCCGAGGUCGAUUGGGGUCGAAGGUCUCGGCUGGCCGGAUCACCAAAAGAAGGCGGACUGAGUGUAUGUACGCUACAGAGGUACACGUGUAA